AUGGUUUACCUUACAAACCUGGCAAAGCUGGGCGGACGGGGCGGCACGCGCGGCCGGCGAUUCAGCUUUGUCAGCUUUGGCAGCUUUGUCACGUGUGUCAGGUUUGUCAGGUGUGAAAGCUUUGUAAGCUUUGACAGCUCUGUAUCCUUCGUAAGCUGUGUAAGGGUUGUCAUGUGGAUGGCCGGAUUUGGCUCAUUAUUGAGGUUUGUCAGCUUUGUUGGCUGGAUCCAGCUUUGCCAGUCUUGCCCAAUAAGGGCAGCUUGUUCAAAGGCGAUUAAUGCGCAACAACACUGGGUGGCAGACACUAGGGGCCCACAUAGUUCGGUACUAUGUGGGCCCCGAAGAUGUCGCUAUGGAUGCCUUGCCAGUCCGCGUGUACUACAUACGCCACACAGCACAUUCCUGAAGGCGACAUCCCCAUCUUGCGCGGUUCUGUGCACGCCUAAUAGCGAAUUUGUACAAGGUGUUCCGUCUAUUUCGAUCUUUCAUGCUAAUUCACGUGCUUCUGACACUAGUAUUUACCAAAUGCCUCGACAAAAUUCCGAGAGGUCACGUGUCUCGCCGCACGGCUGCUGCGGUCUCGGGUUGCGAGCAUGGAUUACGAUUCAGGUACGAAGAUGCGACUUGGUCCUUUGUCAUAGUGUGUGUUGCAAAAGCUUUGUGCUUGACAGUGGUCGGUGCUUGCUGUUUUGCAGGGCCGGGGACGACCAUGUAACGUGCGGUUACAGGCGCUUGGUCCCACGUCUGAUACUAACUAGAGAAGGUGUCCAUAAAUGGCCACUGGGGGUGUGUACAUUUUGGGGGGGUCCCUCGCGGCCAUGGGCAGACAUCACGCUGGGAAAGGAGAUUGGUAGCUGGCUGGGGGCGCUGGUUGCCCAUAGAAAGAACACUGACUCGCGGGCACCAAAGAGGGGAUGUAGAGCUGCCAGAGCCAGGGACGCCCCUCCUGAACAGCGGAGUGCGUUCUCCAGGCAGAAAGUGCAGCUAUAUGUGGAGACCUCACCUUGUGUGUGGGCUGCGGAGUGGAGACCACCGGUGGUGCGGAGGCGUGUCCAGCCUGCCGCAAGGGUGAACACAGUCUGGAGGAAUUCGCAGAGGAGGGGAAAGAGGAGGUGCCACUGCAGGCCCCUUUCUGGAAUUGAGCGCCGGGUCGCAGGCGUGGAGCAGUUUCCUCUCCGGGUCGGGCCGCGUGCGUUCCAACAGGAACUGCAGCACGCGCUCGCGCACCGCAGUGUUGAUGGCUAUGGGGGGCCAGCUGGCCUCCACAGCAGCGAAGCGGGAGUUGCUGACUUUGCUCUGGAGCACUGCCCGGAUGCCCUGCCGACAGAGGCCAUGGAUCAGCAUCCCACCCAGGACUCGCCGCUGGGCAUUCAGCGUCACCCCGCCGAGGAUUGGCCUCCUCUGACAAGAAGCCGGCUGGCCAGUCCAGACCCAAUGGCCCGUCUGACAGGAGCGAGUCCCGUCGCCUCCUGCCAUCUGCAUGGCCCGCAGGGGCGGGGACCGUCUGACCUUGAGAAGCUGACGCUGCAGCUGCUGGCAGCGGACUCGCAGCUGGUAGCUGCGAAUUGGGUUGGCCAGCUGCUGGCUCAUAUACAGCUGCGCCCUGAGGCUCCACAGAAUUUCCCGCCUAGUCAGAGGAGCGAUCGCAGCGCUCUGUCCCGACAGCCUGUCAGUACGCAGCGUGCGAACAUUCUGGCGGCAGGGAUGCCCGGCUUCAGGCUGGUCGGCCGGCGGAGGGACCACAACUACUGCUCUUGCUGUACGGAGCUCGAGCAGGAAGUUGACAGAGCAGUGCAGCUCCAGAGGCAGAGGGAAGCCGAGGCGCCGAGGCUUGCCCAGUCAGGCGCUCUUGCACCGGCAGCCGCGGCCGCGCCGGCGCCGGUCAGCGCAGCUGUGGAAGCUGCGGGCGCAGCUGUGGCAGCUGCAAAGCUGCAUCAGGAGCUGGUGGAGGAAUGCCUGAAAAGGCACUCAGAAGCAGCCCGCCGACAGCGCCAGCUGGUGGCGUGCGCUGAGGCCGAAGCUGUGCAGCUGCGCUGCGAGGUGCCGCCGCCGCAGAAGCUGUGCUCCCAGCCCUUCGCAACAGUGCAGGCCGUCAGCAUCUUGCACUAUGACAAGAAGACCCCAAAUAAACUGCCUGACACGGCGCGUGAGCUCGCCGGCGGCUGGGGCAGGGAGCGGAAGGUGAUAGAAGUGCACGGCGUUGCAGACUUGAGCACCGGCCGCAGCUACGAGUACCUAAUAUUCAAGGGGCAGAACUACAGCGGCUGUGCAACCACCGGCAUCAAUGUCAUCAUGCACCACGCCUUGACAACGCUGAAUGGGGAGCGAGUCUUGGUGGUGGUGCUCGACAAUGCCGCUGACCAGCAUAAUAACUUGUGGGCAAGAGUACCUCAGUUGAUGGUCGAUGCCGGCGUCGUGGAGCGGUGCCUCCUCCUCUUCCUGCCGGCAAACCACGCCAAACACAUGGCCAAUGCGGCGCAUGGCAUGCUGACGACAGCGAUGCGAAGAGCAGAUGUGCUCACCACUGACCAGCAGGGCUGCUUGGCGAAUAGCCUGCCAAACAUGCAGAGCAGCAUCCUUAUCCCAGCAGCUGUUGCAGACUUUGCAGCGUGGAUGUCCUCAGUUUACACAGAGCAUAAUAUGCUCCACGUCAGCAAAUUUUCAGUAUUCAUGGCGGACAAGGCCUUCGGCGGCACCAUGCUGCUGGGGAGGGGCGCGGACAAUGUGCAAUGGUUCCGCUGGGCGGCGAGGCAGGCACCCUUCCAGCGCGCCCAGUUGGACAGCCUCCGGCCCAAGCCGCCGCGGCAGCCGUCAGAUAUUGCGAAGCGCACAGCGGCUCAGCUUGGACCCAACUGCUGCAACCUGCAGGGCUGGGAUGGGCAGCCGGCUGUGAUCAGAAAAGCCCCCGUCAGGACGCGGCUGCGCCAUCAAGCAGAGCAGCCAUUUUAUGAAAGGAUCAAGCUGCUGAUGCGGCCCUGGGAAGGUGGCGGGACGGGGAUGCUGGAGGGGGCCAUCGCUAUUCCAGCAUUUCUGCCGGACCUGCCAAUGGGCCCCUUUCAGCUGACCCCAGACCAGCUACCGGAGCUGAAGCGCGCCCAGAGCAUCGAGCCGCCAAAAUAUCAGAAGGACUCCUUUGUUAUUGCAGGAAUCUGCCAGCUGGAGAGCGCACGCCAGGGUCUGCAGAAAUUCAUGGCUCUGGCUGCAACGCUCGGUGUAGCUGCCAGCAAAUUGAAGAGCUGGUUCCUCAUGCAAGCUCUGGCAGACCAGCGGCGCGCUGCAAAGGAGCUGGCCACAGCCCCAGCACAGGUUGCAUCGGCGACCGCCCUCUUGCGCAGCCGCUCGUCGACACCCCCAGCGCUGGCCCGCCAGCAGAUCUGGGCAGCCGAGAUGGCGUCAGCGGCAAUGCCCCGGCUGCAGCGCGCAGCGGCAAGGCAGCAGAGCAUCGAGCACCUGCACCGUCAGCAGAUUUGUGGCAAGCUAGUGUCUAUUAAGAGAAGUGUUGAGGUUGCCCUGGCACCAGAAGUUGUGAUUUUAGGUACUCUCGCUGAUUGCAAGGGCUUUAUGCAGAUGGCCUUUGUUGUUGUGUUUUGCCAGGUUGGUCAAAGCAGGUGCUAUGCAGACCUCGGCAUAGCCACCUUGCAAGACCAUGCCUAUAUUGCUUGCACUACUGCAGAGGAGCACAUGGAGGCAACAGCGACUUUUGAAGCUUGA